AUGAGCACUCUUUUCUCUCCCUUCACGCGUUCUGCGGAUUCUACAACCAAGCGAUAUCAGGGCACCGGCCUUGGACUAUCAAUCUGUAAAAGUUUGGCGGAACUCAUGGGUGGUGCGGUGGGGUAUCGAACAAAUCCCGAUUGCCAAGGUAGUAUCUUUUGGCUCAAAAUAAAACUUGGACGUAUCGAUGCUCCGUCACCGCGAUUGGCUGUGCCCUCGUCCUCGGAUCCCUGCCAGGAUGUCCAAAAGGUCGCUCCGCGCAAGCAAUUGUUGAUCGUGGAGGACAAUACGGUCAACCAAGUUGUUUUGCUGAAAAUGUUGAGUUCUCUCGGUUUCGAACGAGUGGAUGCUGCCUGGGAUGGAGCAGAAGCGGUGCGCCUAAUAAAGCAAAAGCCAUUGGCAUAUCAUACCGUCCUCAUGGACGUUAGCAUGCCAAUUAUGGACGGACUUGAGGCUACGACCGCCAUUCGUGAGAUGAGAAACGAUGUUCCAGUUAUUGCAGUCACUGGGAACGCUCUGAAAGGAGACUUUGAAACCUACCUUGCUAAAGGGAUGAAUGAUUUUAUUGCCAAACCAAUCCAUCGAAAAGACCUCGCACGCGUUUUAUUGCAAUGGGUUGGACCAUGA